AUGGCUUCCGAUCUGGAUCAGCUCAUCGAGAUGGGCUUUGACAAGGAGAGGGCACAACUGGCAGUCAAAAGCACUGGUGGUCUGCAAGGGGCGCUCGAGUGGCUGGAGGAGAACCAGGACAAGUCCCUGGAGGAGAUUCAGGAAUCACAACAAGCCGAGGAUGAGGAGGCACCUGCUCUGAAACCUGGCGAGGAAGCCCGCAGCUUGGUCUGCAACGAGUGUGGCAAGAAAUUCCGAAGCCAGGCGCAGGCCGAGUUCCACGCCUCCAAGACCGAGCACACCGACUUCUCCGAGUCUACCGAAGAGCUUGCACCCUUGACCGAAGAACAGAAGAAGGAACGGUUGGAGGAGUUGAGACAGAAGCUCGCCGCUAAGCGGGCUGCCCAAGCUGAACAGGACAAGAUUGAGCAGCGACAGAAUGAGAACAUCCGUCGCAAGAACACACAGGAGAAUCAGGAUGUGAAGGAAGCAUUGGAGAAGAAGCAGAGGCAGAAGGAGGAAGCGAAGAAGAGACAGGAGAAAUUGGACGACAGGGCACACCUGUUGCGCGUCAAGGCCCAGAUCGAAGCCGACAAGGAAGAACGCCGCCGGAAGGCUGAGCGCGAACGUGCUGAACGUGCAGGUGUAGCCGUUCCUCAAGCUCCUGUUGCUGCUGCGCCCGCUGCUCCUGGCCCUGCUACAUCCAAGCCUGCCUCUGCAUAUACCGAGACUCGUCUGCGCUUCCAGACUCCCAAGGGCAAUAUCAUGAAGACACUGCCCGUUACCACGACUCUGUUCGAGGUUGUUGCGGCCCUUAAGCAAGAUGACGGCCUCGAGGUUCAAAGCUUCACCCAAAACUUCCCCAGGAAGGUUUUCGAUGCCGAGUUCUUUGGGGAGACGUUGAAGGAGCUUGGUCUGGUGCCUAGCGCUAGUCUCGUUGUCCAAUAG